AUGGCAGCAUAUCUCACGCAGCGCAUCUCGCACCCUCAUCACGGCGUUCCCGUCUCGCGUUCUGAAACACCAGCAGCAGAGAAAUCUGCAAAAUGCCUUGCCCCUAUUCCGAACGUUGCUGCCAAAGGCGUCCCGUUCUUCACGCCAGAGCAGGAUCCGGUAGCUGGCACCGCCGUAGAUCCUCAGCCAUCUGGCAAACCGAUACCCAAGCUCUUUAGACCACUCAAAAUCCGAGGCAUCACGAUGCCAAAUCGAAUCUGGCCCGGCCUUACAAUGAUUGAAGCAACUUCUGUUCAAUCGAAUGGACGCAUUACUCCGGAAGACUCCGGAAUUUGGCUCGAUGCCCACGUGGACACGCUCAAGAAGCAUGUCGACUUUGCGCACAGCCAAAAUGCUCUCAUCGGCAUUCAAUUGGCACACGGCGGCCGAAAGGCCUCGACUGUUGCGCCUUGGCUCAGUUCCGGCGCGGCAGCCACCGAAGAGGUUGGAGGUUGGCCGUCGGACGUCGUCGGGCCAAGCAAUGAUCCUUUUGACGAGCACUACCCGACUCCGCGUGCCAUGAGUGUGGCGGAGAUUGACCAACUCAAGCGUGACUUUCUCUCCGCCGUACACCGGGCCGUCCGCGCCGGGUUUGAUGUCAUCGAACUUCACUUUGCGCACGGCUACCUUGUAUCGAGCUUCUUGUCGCCGGCGGUGAAUAAGCGCACCGAUCAAUACGGUGGAAGCUUCGAAAAUCGCUCUCGGCUGGCCCUCGAGCUUGUUGAAGCGACGCGAGCGGCGAUUCCAAAGGAUAUGCCCUUGUUUGUGCGCAUCAGCGCCACGGAUUGGCUCGACACGAACCCCAACUGGAACGGGGGCGCAAGCUGGACACUUGACGAGAGCGUCAAACUGGCCAAGCUGCUUGCCGAGCGUGGAGUUGACGUCUUGGACGUCUCUACUGGCGGCAACCAUAGCCAUCAAAAAGUGGUUGGCGGACCGGGCUACCAGGCCCCUUUUGCAAAAGCCAUCAAGGCAGCUGUCGGUGACGCCAUGUUGGUGAGCUCUGUGGGAAGCAUCAAGACAGGGGAUGUUGCCCAGGAUAUCAUCCAAGGCGGCAAAGAUAAGGACGAUACACCUCUGGAUCUAAUUGCAGCUGGUCGCAUGUUCCUGAAAAAUCCAGGAUUGGUGUGGUCCUGGGCGGACGAUUUGGGUGUCGAUAUCCACGUUGCUCAUCAGAUUGGAUGGGGUUUUGGUGGGAGAGCCGCGAAGAAGUCUGCGAAAAACACGGCUUCUUAA